AUGAACAAGGGAGAGGAAGAGAAGAAGACAAUGAUGAAGAAGCUCAUUCCCAACAAACAGAUUGUCCUGAAUCACUAUGUAACUGGGUACCCAAAAGAGAGUGACUUUGGAUUGCGAUCCUCUACAACCAGUUGCACCCUUUCCCAUGGUUCCACAUCAUCUGCUGUUCUUCUAAAGAACCUAUACCUCUCCUGUGAUCCUUACAUGCGCCACCGCAUGUCCGAUCAUAUCUCCCAUUCCGGGACUAUUGUCCAGUCCUUCACCUCUGGCUCUGUCGUUGUGGGAUAUGGCGUGUCCAAAGUCAUAGAGUCCACACAUCCAAGCUUCAAAGAAGGCGACUUUGUUUAG